CGUGGGCCACGUGGUUGGGCGCGGCGCCGUUGCUCCGCCCCUUUAGGCUCCGCCCCCUCCGCGCGCCGGCGUCCGCUGCGUCUCCGGCAUUUGAAUCGCGCUUCCGCCAUCUUUCCAGCUUCAGUCGGACAGGCGCGGAGAGUCUUUCGGAAGCUUCCCUCCCUCCCCCCACCGUCUCACGCCGCGUCCCCGCCUUCCCGCGCGCUCUUCCCGGCCGCGGCCUUUGUGGGGCGCACGUGCCGUAGCCGCUCUCUCCCGCAGGAUCGCCGCGAUGGCCGCCCAGGGAGAGCCGCAGGUCCAGUUCAAGCUCGUCCUGGUGGGCGACGGCGGCACCGGGAAGACGACGUUCGUGAAGCGCCACUUGACGGGCGAGUUCGAGAAGAAGUAUGUAGCCACCCUGGGCGUGGAGGUGCACCCGCUCGUCUUCCAUACCAACAGAGGACCCAUCAAGUUCAACGUGUGGGACACAGCCGGCCAGGAGAAGUUCGGGGGCCUGCGCGAUGGCUACUACAUCCAAGGUGAGGGCCUGCGGAAGUGGGCCUGGCCCUCGGACAUGUGCCUGGGGUGAGCCCGGGAGCCAGCCGUUGCCCGGUGACUAAGGAGGGAGCGAGAUGCGGGACGGAGACGCCUCCCUUCCAGGGAGGCGACCUCGUUUGCGUGGCUAGGAGAGGGUUUAUAGACGAGCCGUCCGUGGUGUCAUUCGAUCACAUGCUGUGUCAUGCUAGGCAUGCUUUAGGGCAGACUGUGUGUCCUUACCGUUGAAUAGGAGGCUGGGAAGCUGUGGGAUCACUUUCUGGUUUCGAAACGUGUUUUAGAGUAUAUGUUCAGUGGUUAC